AUGGCGAUAAGCGCUAGUUCGCCGCGCGAUUUCGUGCGGUCGUGUAUGAUAUCGUGACGUAGUGUCAGCACUCUUUAUACGUGGGAUGCAGUAGAGAUAUAAUUAGAAGGAACGACAGAUUCGAAUGCUAGAUACGAUUAGACGAAAAUAAUGAAAUACGUGGGGGCCCUCGAUGUGGGAACCACAAACGUGCGUUUUCAUAUACUUGACGAAGAAACGAACAUCGUUGCCUCGUCCGUUGAAAAGGUCCAACUAUUACAUCCAGAACCUGGCUUCGUGGAAAUAGAUCCAGACGAGCUAUGGAAAACUAUAGUGAACGUAAUAAAAAAUACUUUGAGGGAGAGCAAGAUAGACGCGGAGUCGAUAGUUUGUCUCGGCAUUUCCACUCAACGAAGCAGUUUCACGACGUGGGAUUUGAGCGAUGGGCAUCAUUAUCAUAACUUCAUCACGUGGAAAGAUUUACGCGCUGACGGCAUGGUAAAAGAAUGGAACUCGUCCUUAACUAUGAAAUUACUGCGACUGGGCUCACAGAUUCUGUACACGUUCACGGGCAAGAAAAGAUACGUAGCCAGCAGCGUUUUCAAAUUCAUGAACCAACAGAUUACUCUGCGGUUAGUGUGGGCUCUACAAAACGUGCCAGGUUUGCAAGAAGCAGUGAACAAUGGGAAUGCCGUCUUCGGCGGCGUUGAUUGCUGGCUUUUGUAUAAACUCACCGGAAGACACAUUACAGAUGCUUCGAAUGCAUCGGCAACCGGACUUUAUGAUCCAUUUACUAUGUCCUGGUCAGGAAUAUUGAUAAAUAUAUUGAAACUUCCGUACAGCAUAUUCCCGGAACUAGUGGAUACGAGUGGAAAUUUCGGUGUCACUCCGAAAGAAAUAUUCGGUGCUGAAAUUCCAAUACUUUGCUCAAUGGCGGAUCAGGCAGCUUCGCUUUUUGGUCAAGGCUGCAUAAAACCAGGAGAUUUAAAGAUCACUAUGGGAACUGGAACAUUUGUGAACGUGAAUACCGAAACCAAGCCACACGGUUCCAUAACAGGAUUGUAUCCUCAAGUUGCAUGGCGUAUAAAAGACGAAUUAGUAUACAUGGUAGAAGGCGCAUCCAACGACACCGGUACUCUCAUCGAAUGGGCAAAGGAACUAGGUAUAAUUGAUCAAGCUGAUGAAACAGCGAACGUAGCAUAUUCGGUAAAGGACGCCGACGGAGUAUGUUUUGUUCCUGCGUUCAGUGGAUUACAAGCUCCCAUAAACGAUUCUACCGCAGCCACUGGAUUUAUAGGCAUAAAACCUAGUACAAGGAAAAAUCAUAUAGUUCGCUCGGUGCUAGAAAGUAUCGUUUAUAGGAUAGUCUUGAUUUACCAAUCGCUACGCGCAGAAACUUCCUUCACUUAUCAUAAAAUACGAGUCGAUGGCGGAGUGUCUCGAAAUGACUUCGUAUUACAAUUACUUGCCGACUUGACAAAUCUCGAGGUGGAACGAACAAAAAACACGGAAAUGUCUAUUCUUGGUGUAGCGCUUUUCGCUGGCUUACAAUGCGGCGUAUGGAAAAACAGAGAAGAUAUCUUUAAAUACCGUAGAGUAGAGAAGACGUUCAAGCCGAAUAAGGAGACCAGAGAAAGAUAUCAACCGAUAAUUGCUCAAUGGAGGCGAGCUCUGCAGAGACUCGCAAAAUGGUACUGAGAAACAGUACGUUUUCGAUAUUUUUUAUAACAAACAUAAUUCUGUAUAAUAUUCGAUGAAAAAGAUUUGUUAAUAUGAAUUUGUACAUGAAUACGAUAAGGUUCGUGAUAAAUACAUUUUUCUAAGAAAUUAUAA